AUGAUAUUAUUUCCCCCUAUCACUAUUACAUCUUCUUAUCUCCUCAAUCAUUGGAGUUUAUCAUCGAAAUGAAGGGGGGGCAUCAGAUUUGUGAUUAUUAAUGUCUAUAAUUAAGAUACUAAUGAAAGCAUCAUGCUAUGGUGCAUGUUUCCAUCAAACUAUCCAUUAUUGUUCUAUCCAUAUUAAUAGAGUGUUUUCUAAAAUAAAUACUAUGGAUCUCUUGGUGAGUUUUCUUGUUUGUGUUUUGUGAAUUUUUUUUUGUUCAUUUCAGUUCAAAAAUAUUCCUCAAGUGACUGACUAUGGUGGCAUGGUCUUCCCUGAAUACUGAUGGAUAAGGGAUUUAUAAAGAAAAGGGAUGGUGUGGUAUGCCUCUAAGAUUAGAAUGUGUGCUAUUUGUCUCAUGAAGUUCUUUUUCACAUGUUGCAGGCUUGAAUUUUAGUAAAUUUCAUUUUGAAACUUCUAACUUCCUCAAGAUCCACUGUAUACAAAAGUUAGCACCACAGCAUUGAAUCAUUAAAAGUUUAUGAUAUUGUCUUACCACAUUUCUCAAACGAGUGGAGGAGCAGGAAUAGUAACUUUUUUGUCCAAGUUUUAAGUAAUUACAUCAGAAACUUAAAUGUCAACUCAUAUUAAUAACGGAUAUCUCAAAAAUCCAGCAUUAUUCAAACAUCAUAGGUCAAUUAGAUAUUUAAGUCAUGUUGUAAGAUAAUGAAGAGGGUCGCCCUGGCCACAAUGGUCUAAAACGUGUUUUACAUGGGUAUAGAUUUGUUGGGUCUAGCUCAUAAGUUAUUACUUUUUCUUAUAAAUAUUUGUUCAUGGGAGUUGCAUCUCUAAGAAGGACAAGCCCAGCUAGUAAACUUGACUAGAAGAAAAAAAACUAGGAUUGGCCUUCCCGAUAAUAUUUAUAAUCCUUUCAAGUAAGUUCCAUGUUCAUGAGAAAGGGUGAAGAAUGCCGUCAGGAAUGCUGGUCGUAGAUUUUAAUUUUAGUGAAACUUAAUGUAUCCUGGAAAACUUGGCCAUGUCUUGUGCUAAUUCGUACACUCUUGUGA